AUGGACGAAGCGGACAGCAGCAGCAGCAGCAGCAGCACCAAUAAUUACAACAACACAACACACGCGGCGGCGGCGGUACCCGGUGAGGCCGACGAAACUACUGCUGCGGCGUCGUCGUCGGGGGGGCUGGUGGCCGUGGAGGAGGCCCUCACGUGCCCCAUCUGCGUGGACGCGCUGCGCGACGCCGUCGAGACGCCCUGCUGCCACGCCACCUACUGCCGGGCGUGCAUCGAGGCGUGGCUGGAGCGGCGGCGCGGGCACGGAUGUCCCGGGUGCCGGGCGGCCAUGGAGGCGAGCGGGCUGCGGCGGUGUCUGCCCAUCCAGCGGCUGGUGGACCUCCUCCCAGCCGAGUGCCCCAACGUGCCCUGCCGCGCUCCUUACCUCACCCGCGGGUGCAUGAAGGAGCACAUGGCCAAGUGCGAGUUCGCGCCCGUCGUGUGCCCCUACGACUCGCGAUGCCCGACCUACCUCCGCGGCGAGUGGAACGAAAAGCAUCAAGCGACGGGGGUGCUGCUGGUGCAGAGCGUGGACGCCUUCAAGUGCGUGUGGAUGGACCAGGGCACCGGCAGCAAGAUGGACGGCUCCGUCUUUCGGCCCCUCACGCCCGAAGGCACGCGCACGCGGUGGUCGCCCGUGGGGUACUUCUUCCGCCCGCGCCACUCGGAGGCCCUGCGGGAGAAGGUGGAGGUGUUCGCCCUCGCCGAGAAGGUGCCCAACGGCACCUACCUGCGACCCCCCACGGACUUCGAGCUCAUCUGGAACGACAAGAAGACGGGAGCCAAGCGCCAUUGCAGCAUCUGGCGACCCAUCCCGCCACCCGGAUUCGUGGCGUUGGGGUACGUGGUGACGCCGCACCACAACAAGCCGACCCUGGAGGCCAUCACGUGCGUGCACCACUCGUGCGUGCGCGCGUGCUCUGUGUCGCCCACCCGCAACUGGAGCGACGCCGGGUCGGGCGGCGCCUACGACGUCACCGUCUGGGCUCUCGACGGGGCGGCGGGCAAGAGCGCUGACGGUCGCUCGUUCUACCUGGGCGUGGACUGCGCGGCGCCGGGCUACACGCGGCCGAGCCAUCCGGUAUACUGCCUGGACACGCAGGCCAUCGCCGCACAGCCCAUCGCCACCAGCCCAGGGCCAGCCCUCUCCCCGCGCACGCCGCCCACGCCGCCCACGCCGCCCCCGCGCGAUCGCGCCCUCACCCUGGGCGGCGGCGGCGGCGAUUAA